AUGGAGAGAUGGCGAAAAGAUACACAUUGCUUCAACUUUCGGGAAGGAGAGUGCACUAUCACUCUAAAGGACGUCGCCAUCCUAACCCAUAUGCCCAUCGACGGCAAAACGGAGUGUGUGAGUGAUCAUGCGCCCGAGGAUGUUGGCGAUAUGACCGGUUGGCAGCAUUUGAUCCACAGUGUUUUGGGGGUGCGAGUGCCAAUAAAGGGGAGCGUUGAUGCGACAGAUCGCUUAGCACCAUUGAGGAAAAACCAAGUAUCAAUCACUUGGUUGACGAAGUGGUUGAAGGACCAACACGAUCCUACAAAAGGCGGGGUGCGCCUGACCGAGGAAAGUCCCGAAGAGGUGAAGAAAAGAUAUGCUCGUGUCUAUCUCAUAGGCAUGAUCGGAGGAGUGUUCUUCUCCAAAAAAUCCAACAAUUUACUUAGCUGUGGAUGA